AUCUUUGUUUCCGUUUUAUUGCUCUAGGUUCAUGUAACAGUGGCAGAACGCAGUCCUUUUAGGUUCCAGUCAUAACUGGAAGCAUUUAGGAGGCUCGUAAUUGACAGACUGACGCUAGGAUACAAUGGCUGAAAGACGAAAACAAAAGAAAAAAGGGAAGGAGGAUCUUCCAAGAAUUAAUCCAAAUGAGAAGCCCAGCAAGGAGGAAACAGCUGUUGCAAAGUACAUGAUGAAGCACGUUCCAACCAAGAAGACAAGGCUGCUUCAUCACACUGUGAACUAUUUUACUGGUUCCAAGGCUGUGGACAUUCUCAUGGACUCUCCAUUUGCUUCUGACAAGGGGAAAACUCCUCCCCUCUUCAAUGUCAGCUUCAUCCUUGAGCAUCUUUGUUUCAGAAUGCUGAGGCACAAGUUUUUCCACCGGGCAAAGAAAGUGCCAAUAGGUAUGAAAGACCUGAAGGGCAAGGCUUUGAAGAAGUUCAAAGAGGAGACAGAGAAAAAAAAGAAAGAGAAGGAGAAGCGGGAUACUGAAGCAGAGAGCAGCCAGGCUGAAGGAGGCAAGAACAAGGACUCCAUGGAUGAUGAGGACUCCUCCAUUUCAAAACAAGAGAAGGAGAAGAAAGAAAAGAAGAGGAUUAAGCUGGACAUGCACCUGGAGCAGAUGUUUGUAGAUGGGAAUGAUGCCUAUGUCUGGAUUUAUGACCACACCCCAUGGUAUUACUGGAUCUUAUCCGUCAUGGUUGUGGUCGGGGCUGUUGCGCUCUGCCUAUUUCCCCUUUGGCCAUCUGCUUUCAGGCAGGGAGUGUACUACUUGAGCUUGGCAGCUGUCGGGUUCUUGGUGGUCAUCCUGGGGCUCACUGUCCUUCGGCUCGUCAUUUUCUGCAUCGUCUGGGCCUUGACGUUUGGUCGACAUCAUCUGUGGAUCCUGCCCAACCUCACAGAGGAUGUUGGCUUCUUUGCCUCUUUCUGGCCUCUCUACAAGUAUGAAUACAAGGGCCUCAUCAAAGAUGGCAAGAAGGAAAAAAGAAAGAAGAAAACUGAUGGUGGGAAGGAACAUGAUUCUGAUGGAGAUGCAGACAAUGAGUCAGAUGGAGAGAGAAAUAGGAAAGGAAGAAGGAAAAAGAAAGAUGAAAUGGAAGGGGAGAAAGAAAAGGAAGGGGGGGGAGAUGGAGAAAAAGAAACUGAAGAGAGGAAGAGGAAAGGGAAAGAAGCAAAAGGGGAAGAAGAAGGGGAAGUGGAUGAGGAAGAGGCAGAGGACUCUGACAAUACUCCAACAGGGAAGGACUUUGAGAUGGUGGAGAAAGAUGAAGACAAUGAUGAUGAGAGCGAGAAUGGUGAAGGUGAAGCAGAAGCAUCAAGCUAGAAGAGAAAUAUUACCAACUAGGAACCCCGUCUUCCGCAAUCAGCACGAUCUGGGACCGGGAAAUGAACAGUCCUUAUGCUGGUGAUGGAAUGCUUGUGAUGGCAAAAUGAAAAAUUCCAUAUUGUUUGUUGCCUCGCUUGAGAUGCGAUCCACGAGUGCGAAUCUCGAGUGCUGUCGGUUCCCAGUUUUUCGUUUUUUGUCGUCUUUGACCGAUGCGCCAAACUUCUCACUUAUACCUCCAUUAUGUAUUUAUUAUCCAGAGCUGCCUGAUUAUUUCACAUCAAUAGGUAAAGGGGUGGAGAAAUUGGAAAAUGAACUCUUUAUUUUCUCUUAUUUUGUGUCAUGUCGCUUCUAUUCAUGUGAUGAGGGU